AUGAAGUUACCUCGUGGUACUAGACCGACUCUCAAACCGUCGACGGCAAUCGUAUCGAAAGCAUCGGAAUUUGUCGACAUUUAUCGAUAUCCUCCGAGAAGACCGCAAAACAUAUACGCUACGCCGACUCCUGAUAAAAGUGCUGCCAAAUGUAGAAAAGAUGUUUGCCUUUUGCCAGAUUGUAACUGCGGCGGAAAGGAUAUUCCAGGUGGUUACAACGCCGAAGAAAUCCCCCAACUCGUUUUAUUAACAUUCGACGAUUCCGUUAACGAUUUAAACAAAGGUUUAUACGCUGAAUUAUUCGAACGUGGACGUGUCAAUCCGAACGGUUGUCCAAUAUCGGCAACGUUUUACGUAUCACACGAAUGGACGGAUUAUUCACAAGUUCAAAAUCUUUACGCGAACGGACACGAAAUCGCAUCUCAUUCAAUAACUCACAGUUUCGGUGAACAAUUUUCACAAAAGAAAUGGAAUAAAGAAAUAGCAGGACAAAGAGAAAUAUUAGCCGCUUACGGUGGCGUAAGAUUAGAAGACGUACGUGGAAUGAGAGCGCCAUUUUUAGCCGUCGGUGGUAAUAAAAUGUUUAAAAUGUUAUACGAUUCUAAUUUCACGUACGAUUCAUCUAUGCCCAUUUACGAAAAUCGUCCACCCAGCUGGCCCUACACUCUCGAUUAUAAACUUUUCCACGAUUGUAUGAUUCCUCCAUGUCCGACAAAAAGUUAUCCAGGAGUUUGGGAAGUACCCAUGGUCAUGUGGCAGGAUUUGAACGGGGGUAGAUGUUCGAUGGGUGACGCAUGUUCGAAUCCUCCAACAGCAGACGGAGUUUAUAAAAUGUUGAUUAAAAAUUUCGAAAGACAUUUCACGACCAACAGAGCUCCCUUCGGUUUAUACUAUCACGCCGCUUGGUUCACACACGAACAUCACAAAGAAGGUUUCAUAGCAUUUUUGGAUACGAUAGUAAACAUGCCGGAAGUUUGGUUGGUAACCACGUGGCAAGCCAUAGAAUAUACAAGAAAUCCACAGCCAUUAUCGACCGUUAAUAAUUUUCCACCGUUUCAAUGUAACGUGGAAAAAGCUAAAAAAUGUAACAAUCCGAAAGUUUGUAAUUUGUGGCAUAAAAGUGGCGUUAGAUAUAUGAGAACGUGUCAACCAUGUCCGGAAGUUUAUCCAUGGACUGGAAAAACUGGAGUUAAAAAUAGUCGUGUCGAUAACGAAAUAACAGAAGAAUAA